AUGAUUAGUCGAAAUGUUUCGGUUUUGGGGGCUUCUACUAAGGCUUCCCCAUCGCCAGUUAGAAAGGAUGAAGUCCAACUAACUCCCGAAGUAAAGGAGGCUAGUUUGGAUAUUCCUUACAAACCCAUCAUCGCUUACUGGACAGUGAUGGGCCUUUGCCUCAUGAUUGCCUUCGGCGGAUUUAUCUUUGGCUGGGAUACAGGAACCAUUUCUGGAUUUAUCAACCAGACGGACUUCAAGAGAAGGUUUGGUGAAGUACAAAGAGAUGGUAGCUUUCAGCUAUCAGAUGUCAGAACAGGCUUGAUUGUUGGUAUUUUCAAUAUAGGUUGUGCCGUGGGCGGGUUGACACUGGGACGCCUAGGCGAUAUUUAUGGGCGUAGAAUUGGCUUGAUGUGGGUUAUCCUGGUAUACGUUGUUGGUAUUGUCAUCCAGAUUGCUUCAACUGACAAAUGGUAUCAAUACUUCAUUGGUAGGAUUGUUUCCGGAAUGGGUGUUGGCGGUGUCGCCGUGUUGUCUCCAACUUUGAUCUCAGAGAUUUCUCCAAAACACCUAAGGGGUACUUGCGUUUCCUUCUACCAACUAAUGAUUACUCUUGGAAUUUUCUUGGGCUACUGCACUAACUAUGGUACUAAGAAAUAUUCCAACUCAAUACAAUGGCGAGUCCCCUUGGGCUUAUGUUUUGCUUGGGCAGUCUUCAUGGUGGUUGGAAUGGUUAUGGUUCCGGAAUCACCAAGGUAUUUGGUUAAAAAGGGUAGAUUUGAAGAAGCCAGAAGGUCAUUAGCGAGAUCAAACAAGGUUGCAGUCACCGACCUAGGUGUGAUUUCAGAGGUUGACGCCAUAGUCGCGAAUAUGGAGUUAGAAAGGGCUGUUGGGAACGCCAGCUGGAGUGAGCUUUUCUCGAAUAAAGGCGCAAUUCUUCCAAGAGUAAUCAUGGGUGUCGUCAUCCAAUCGCUGCAACAGCUCACUGGCUGUAACUAUUUCUUUUAUUAUGGUACCACCAUUUUUAAUGCCGUUGGAAUGGAAGACUCUUUUGAGACGUCCAUUGUACUCGGGGUUGUCAAUUUUGCAUCCACAUUUGUUGCACUAUAUAUUGUGGAUAAAUUUGGACGCCGGAAGUGCUUAUUGUGUGGGUCCGCAUCAAUGGCCGUUUGUUUUGUCAUAUUUGCCACUAUUGGUGUCACCAGAUUAUGGCCACAUGGGAAAGACUAUCCCUCUUCACAAAACGCAGGUAACGUCAUGAUUGUGUUCACUUGCUUUUUCAUUUUCUGUUUCGCCAUUACUUGGGCUCCGAUUGCCUAUGUCAUCGUGGCAGAGACAUAUCCAUUAAGAGUGAAGAACCGUGCCAUGGCUAUUGCAGUUGGCGCGAACUGGAUGUGGGGUUUUUUGAUUGGAUUUUUCACUCCCUUCAUUACCAGAGCCAUCGGCUUCUCUUAUGGCUAUGUUUUCAUGGGCUGCCUGAUCUUUUCAUACUUCUAUGUCUUCUUCUUUGUUUGUGAGACAAAGGGACUGACUCUAGAGGAAGUUAACGAAAUGUACGAAGAGAGGAUAAAACCAUGGAAAUCUGGCGAUUGGAUUCCCAGCUCCAGAAGGCUAGCACAGUCUACAAGCAGCACACCGCUAGCCAUAGUCGAUAGUAAAUAG